AUGCCUAAGAGGAAGAGGGAACAAGUGCUGGCCGAGAUCUUCGACGUCAUCGCUCGCGAUGCUCAGGAAAUCAGCGGACUCCUCAAAACUUUGGGAGGCGAGCCCAGGAAGAAGGUGCCUGACUGGACGACGAAGGAAAUAGAGGACUUUGAGCACGUCUUCCAGGAGCACGGCGCCAACCUCGACAAACUCGCCGAGGCCCUUGACAUUGCGGCUGACACUGACCGGGUCUACUCCAACAGAGCGCAGGUGGAGAAGAAGCUGAAGCUGUACCAGCUGGCCAACUCGGCGACUAACGGUGAGGAGUCCCAGUCCUCGCAGACCAAGGAAAAGAAGGGCAAGACCGCUACCAAGGCCGCCGCUGGCACCACUGCCGCCGCCUCGACGACGGGCGACGACAAGAAGAAGGCGAAGGCGCCCGAGACGCCCAAGAAGGAGACCACCACUGCCGCCGCCGCCAAGGGCAAGGCCGCUGAAGGCAAGGCCACCUCGACCACGCCGGCCGCCGCGGGGAAGAAGUCAACCACCACCACGCCGACGGCGACCAAGAAGCAGAAGACCACCACCGACGCCAUGGAGGAGGAGGACAAGACGACCGCCAAGUCCACCACCCCCAAGAAGAAGAAGAGGAAGAGCAAGGCUGGCGCCACCGCCGAGUAA